CUACCUCCUACACCAUCCCCAAAUCAAUAUUAACAUAUAUCACUUCCAUUCUACCUCCUACACAAUCCCCAAAACCCAUCUCUCUCAUUUUCUCUCAUUUUUUUUUCUCCAAAACCAUGGCUGAUAACACCAAACAACCACAACUAAACGGAGCCUACUACGGCCCCUCAAUCCCACCCCCCUCCAAAACCUCCCACCGCCCCGGCCGCAGCCACGGCGGCUGCGGCUGCUGCGGCUCCCCCAAACCCCCCCCCCGCCCCGGCCGCAGCCACGGCGGCUGCGGCUGCUGCGGCUGCCUCUUCGCCCUCAUCUUCAAAAUCCUCAUCACUCUCAUUUUCAUCGCCGGCAUCGUCGUCCUCGUCUUCUGGCUCGUCUUCCGACCCAACAAAGUCAAAUUCCACGUCACCGACGCAACCCUAACACAAUUCGACCUAAAUACCACCACCAACACCCUCUACUACGACCUCUCUCUCAAUCUCACCAUCCGCAACCCUAACAAACACAUCGGCAUCUACUACGACCGCCUCGACGCCCGUGUUUAUUACGAGGACCAGCGCUUCGCCGCCGAAUCUCUGACUCCGUUUUAUCAGGGACAUAAGAAUACUACUGAACUUGGGUUUGUGUUUAAGAGCCACAACAUAGUGAGUUUGAAUUCAGAGAUUGCAAAGUAUGAUUCAGAGAAGAGUUCGGGAUCUUAUAGUAUUGAUAUGAAGCUUUAUCUUACGGUUAGGUUUAAGUUGAGGAGUGUUAAGACUCCUAAGUUCAAGCCGAAGAUUGAGUGUGACUUGAAGGUUCCAUUGGCGUCUAAUGGGAGUGUCUCUGGCAGCUUUGAGACUGUUAGGUGUGGAAUCGAUUGGUAGUGCGGGUUUGGAAGAUCGAUUUCUCAUCGAUGGGCACGAUUGUUCUUAUUCUGAUCUGCAGAGCUUAUUCUUCUAUUAUUUUUUUAUUUUUAUUUUAUGCCAUUGAGUAUCUGUUGAUUCUAUAGGUGAUAUGUAUCUUUUCCUUGUUCUAGGUCAUAGAAACGGAUACAAUUUUCUCAGGUUGAGUGAGAUCUACACAUUUAGUAGAACUCAAUCUAUAUGAGAGGAUUGUAUUUAGUUUUAUGAAUUUAGAAUCUUUUUUUUUAUAUUUUAUACCUUUGUUUUGUUUAUUGAUAUGGGAUUUAGGUGGUUAUGCUAUAGUUUCACAGGGGUGAGGUGAUGAUUAGAUCAUUGUAUUUUUUUUUGAUAUAUAUACUGACGUAAAUAAAUAAUGGCAUUUACUUUAUA